CACCGCACACAGGGCCUGGAACAUAAAAACCAAGCUUCAGGUUGGGCAGCAGCUUCUUUAGGAGAGUCUGCUUGUGGCAGUGCGGUUGGGGCUGACCCGAAAAGGAUGUUGCCCCAUAAUCCCAGCCUACCUCAGCUCCUCCUUCAAAGUUAAAUGCCUGAUACAUGAGAUUUAUUUGACGUGUGCGUGCUAGCAACUCAACGCCGCUGAUGAAAUGCUCCUAGUUUAGCAGGUCUCACCCACUGCACCAACCUGGGAUUGUGGCCGGAGCAGCUUUAAAAAAGGACUGGGAAGAAAGGAGCGAGCGCAGUCUUAUCGCAGAGAGCAGGAGCAUCCCUGCCCGGGGCGGGGCUGGCCCGGCAGAGGCACGAGCUCGAGCCCUUCCCCGGCGGCUGCAGCCCGGGCGGCUCCGGGGAUGCCCUGCUGUGCUCUGCCCUGCGCCCGCCCGCCGCACUACAAGUCCCAGGCGCCCGCGCCCCGCACGUGAUCGCAUCUGGCUUGCAAGAGACCUGGAUGGGAGCAAGCAGCGGAGCGGCUCAGCCAGUGCCCCGGGCGGUCCCGGUGCAUCCCCCCCGGCAAGAUGAUGGCAAUGUAUUUUUUCUUCUCCAACAAGGUGGUACUUUUGUUUGACUUCUGGAAUGUCCACAGCCCGGCAGGGAUGGCACUGUCGGUGGUGGUGAUCCUGCUGCUGGCAGCAUUGUACGAAGUCAUCAAGGUCACCAAAGGCAAACUGCUUCGUCGGACAGUGUCGUCUGUCCCCACCAGCAUCAGUCAGGAGUCAUUAGCAGAACGAGACAGGGCAUCUGUCAACUCAGAGCGAGAUCAGCAAAACUCUACCCAAAAAAGGUGGUUUCUGUACCAUGUCAGCCAGACACUGCUCCACGUGAUCCAGGUGGUGAUUGGUUAUCUGGUGAUGCUGGCUGUGAUGUCCUACAACACUUGGAUCUUCCUGGGUGUGAUUGUGGGCUCCACAGUGGGUUACUAUGUGGCCUACCCAAUGCUCAAUAUGCGGUAGAAGCUCCUGGACCUGCUGCAUUCAAGGAUACUGUUGCACGGACGAGGGCAGCAUCUCCCAUGGGAGGAUGGCGACUGAUUUUCCACUGGAGAAACUACUCAUGGCCUCUAAUGCUGGAAAGAUUCCCAGGGCACUAGGGAAUUUCCCACUUCUUUCAUUGCAUUUCGGCUCAUACUGUUAUAAAAAAAUCUACAUACAUUUUUAAAAUCACAUUUGAACCAUUUCUGCUGGGCCUGCCCUCCUCCCACUUGCUGUGCAGGCAAUGGCACCAAGGAGGACCUAGGUUGGGUCCAGGACUGUUUCCUGGUCUGUGGCCACCAUUAUCCCCACUGCCACUCACCAGCAUGGGAGCUGCCCUCAGCAGAAAAGCAAUUAACACUGACUUUGAAUCCACCCUCAGGUCUCACUCAGGAAUCCCAGGAACCUUUUCCCAUUGACCAGGGGUAGCGUAGAGGUUUGUGCCCUUGUCAGCAUUGCUUUGGUUUGGUUCCAAGUUGAGCCAGCAAGUGGGUGACAGGCUGUAUUUAAAUCAAGGAUGUGGAUGUGAUGGAAACGACUCUGGCAUGACUUUAUCCUCCCUCAUAUGUCUGUACAGGAUUCUGCCUGGUCCCAUUCACUUUUCCUUACUGCUUGUGGUCGGGGGAAGGAGCAAAAUUAGAAAGAGGUGGUAUAACCCUAAGGUUAUCUCUUAUCCUUCAAGGGUUUCUUUACAAACCCUGCCCCGUGCCACCCUGUGCCCUUCACCUCACACGGUGCCUUCCGUGUUCCUGUAGCACUACCUGUGACUGAGCAUGUCAUGGCAUGCAGAGGUGGAUGCAGUGCAAGCCGCUCUUGCAUUGGUUUCCAGAAUCUCUGAAGGCAACUGCAUUCAUGUGCCAAACAGGAGAUUUUACCACACCUUUAACUCUCCUAUGAAAUAUGAACUUUCAUUUCUACCUGGGAGAACUUUACGAUCUUUUCUCCUAGGCCUGAAAAAGGGUGCCUGUGCCUGAAAGCUUGUAAUUAAAGAAUUUUUUUUUUUUUGAAAAAAUGUAGUUGGUCUAAUAAAAGAUAUCACCUCUAUCACGAGGUCUGACUGCAUUAAUAUAGAACUAGUAGGUGUAGCUCUUACAUGUGUGCAAUGACUGAACUGCUGUGGAAACAGGUUUGCCAAACUCCUACUGUGUCUCUCUGGUUCUUCCUGUUCUUCCCAGAGAAGGGCCCAUUUUAAUAAAGCCAUCUUUAUCAGUUA